AUGCUGCGAUGGGCGGUGAUCAACGGCGCCAUUGUCAAGGAGUUUUGGGAGGUGCAUGAGCUGGAGUUCUACUGGGACAGCCAGUGCUCCUUGCCCUUCCCGCGGGGCCUGCCAGCGGCCAGCUCCGUGAUGUCCUCUUUCCCGGGGAACACGGCGGACAUGGCCUGGGACGCUGACCUCGUGACCAAGUGGUCCGCGAAUUGCCGUCAGGUGCUCGGCGGGUGCAACCCCUUCACGCAUUGGAUUGGGAAGAACAUUGGCGACUCCACGCCCUUGAACAAGGAGCCGCUGGAGAAGUUCGCGCAGGUGCGGUGCACGCGAAUCUUCCAGUCAGCGAAUGCCUCGCGGCAGAGCUCAAAGAUAUCAGUGAUCACCUGGCACAACGAGUCCCUGACCAGCUGGCACAUUGUGUACAACUACGCGGACCUGGCCGGGGGUGCCUGGCAUACGCGGCCGGCGCGGGAGGAGUCGCUGUGGCGGAUUUGGAACAUGGAUCCCAUGCCCCGGCCUUGGCAGGUGGCGGAGGUGAUGUUUUUCACCGACCUGUUCUGUGAGGAGGAUAAGCAGGCCCAUGGGACACCCAUCUCCAACGGAGCCUACUUCGCCGAGAACUGCAUUGAGCUUGGUACCUGUGACCAAUACGUUGCCAGGAAAGCCUUCGAUGGGGUGAAACUGCCUGGGUAUCGACUUCCCAGACUGGAGGGGAAAUGGAUUGCAGCCUGUAACGAAUGGGACGGCUGCACGGCAAAGGAAGCCUGGAUUGGCCUGGACUUUGAUAUUUACCCUAAGCAAGUCCGAUGCAUCCGCAUCAACCAGCCGGUGCAUGAGGGCUACUAUGAAGGCUGGGGCUACCCACACUUCACCUCCCGACUGCUGCUGCAGAGCUGGGACGGCUUCAAGUGGGACGACCGGACGAUCUUCGACGGCCUGGGCCAGGGAGGCUGGAACAACACCAUGCCUGCGGAGCGCACAGCCUGGCGCAUCUCCAACUUCGACCGGAUCCUGGGGUCCUGGCGGGUCUACGAGUUGGAGCUCUCGGAGAAUGAGGACUGCGCGGCGCCGUUGAGCGGGGAGUCGGUGAACUCCAACCCCGCGCUGCUGUCCGACGCCCAGAAGGCGGCCUGUUGGAUGGACCUCGGCAGCUGUGCGGAGAACGCCUUUGACUCCAAGGUGGAGACGGGAUGGCAGUCUUCAUGCUCGCCCUGCGAUCAGCGGAAUGCGUGGGUGGGCCUGCGCUUCUCCCAGGCGGUGGGCAUCAAAUGCUUCAGGAUUCUUCAGAGCGAGGACGUGAUGCACCGCACGGACGCGGUGGAGCUGGCUGAGUGGAUGGGUGACGAGUGGGUGACGCGUCGUUUCGAGUCUGGCGUGGGCGGCGGCACCUGGAACCGGCGGCCCAGCGGCGUGAGCACCAUGUGGCGGCUGCUGAGUAUUGUAGAGACGGAUCGGCCGUGGACGGUCACUGGCCUCGCCUUCUACAUGGACGACGUGUGCGACUCGCCCCACCGCGGCGCACCGAUCACCAACGGGAACGAGCCGAUUCACCGCUCCGAGGAUGCGUUCGACGACGCCGAGGAGACGCGGUGGGUGACCAGCUGCACGCCCGCCCACACGGGACACCAGGGCUGCAUGGCCAACAGCGCCUGGCUGGGCAUGCAGAUGAGCGAGGCCUUCUCGGUGAAGUGCAUCCGGCUGUACCAGUCCCGGGAGCGCCUGAAGCAGAGUUCCACCGCAGUGCUGCAGGUCUGGGACGGCCUGGUCUGGACUGCCUCCAAGGACCAUCCCAUCCUCACUGAGCUUGGUGGAGGUGCCUGGCAGGUGCUUCCGGGCCAGCGAGGCUCCAUGUGGCGCAUGCUGGCGGACCCUGCCCCAGGUGGCCACGGCGUGGGGGUGUCUGAGAUCUUGUUCUUUCGAAAGCCGGACUGCACAGAGCAGAUCCAAGUGGCGGUGCCCAACAUCAUGCCCAUCUGCUCCGGCUAUGCCACGUCCAGGGAGGUUGGCUUGGCAACUGGAUACACAAACCACUAUGCGCGGAUGGGAGAGCUGGAGACUGCAGACCCCAUGAAAGCAUUCGACGGGCUUCUGCACACCUUCUGGGCCGACCUGGGUGGCCGGGCUUGGCUAGGCGUGGACUUCUCCACGCAGGUCUCGGACGUGCAGUGCCUGAAACUGGCCUUCCCGGGCAUCCGGGCGCUGCAGCCCGCCGGGGGCGAGCUCCAGGGCUGGAACGGCAACACCUGGAGGGCGAUCACUGCCUCUUCCUCGGCCUUCAGCAUGGACUCCACGCUGCUGGUGCCGCUGCAAGUGCUGGGGGGCCAAGGCUUCCAGCGCCGGCCUGCGCCGGCGGGGUCCAUUUGGCGUGUGCAGAACUUGCCGGCCAUCCGGACGUGGCACGUCUUCGAGCUGGAGUUCUACCGUGACUUAGCAUGCCGUGGGGAUCCAGUAGUUGGGGUCCCCAUCAGCUCUGCAGAGGAUGCUACUCUUGCAGAUGCGUUCAGCGGGCACCGGAAUCCCCACAAAGCCUUCGACAAGGACCAGCUUACUGUGUGGGAGGCAUUCUGCCCGCAGGGCGUGUGCGCCACCGGCCAAGCCUGGAUUGGUUUGGACCUGGACGGAGAGCCGGCCAAGAUCCAGUGUUUCCGCAUCAUGCAGAGCGGCCUUCGGGAUGAACAGGUGCCCAGCGUGAGCCUCGCGGCCUGGACAGGGGAAGCCUUCGAGGAGAGGACUCAGUUCCACGGCCUAGGCGGCGACACCUGGAACCAGCGCCCUGCCCCGCCGGACACGAUGUGGCGGGUGGCCUACAUGGAGAGGGAGCCCAAAGUCUGUCUGGGCGGGGAAGCCCGAGGCUGGCAGCGGAGCUGGGGUGUCUCGGAGCUGGUCUUCUACUCCGACGACGCCUGCACGGAGCAGCUGCCCGGGCCCGACGAAGGCGUGGACAUCGUGGCCUCAGGCACCCGCGAGGCGGGCAUCGCGCCCCUCUCCGGCACGGGACCUCACCUUGCCUUCGACGGCAAAGCGUUCACCACCUGGACGGCCCAGUGCGGAGCUGGCGAUCGCGCCAACGAGGAUGCCGACUGCCGGGCCGGAGUGGAGUGGGUGGGCCUGGACUUCAACCGCAAGUUUGGGGGCUUGCCAGUGAUGGUCAGGUGCAUGAAGCUGACACAGAGCCGAAGCUCUGCCAGCGACUGCUGCGACCCCGCGAAGAGCGUGACACUGGACCGCUGGAACGGCACCCACUGGGCGCAGGCCAGCUGGCGGCACACGGCGGACACGGGUGAGGUCUUCAGCAUCGAGGGCUACUUCACCAACACGGCGCCCUGCCCCUCCCUCGAUGCGGAGCAGGUGCAGCUGGCGCUGGCGGGGCAGCUCUCCAGCAGCAUCGCCCUGCAGCCCUCCAUUGAGAGCCGCAGCCGCCGCCAGAGCGAGGUGUGCGUGAUCCCCAACUCCGGCUCGGUGAAGCUCCUCGCAGAUCCUUUCUGCGAGAAGCACUCGGUAUGCGCGCAGGCAGGCUUCCAGGGGGACUGCUGCCCCAAGGAUGAGGGCAUGUCGCGGUGCUGCUGCAACUACAACAUCAACAUGGAGGUCUUUGAAGAUGAGCUCCUGGAUGCCAAGAUCGCUGCGGAGGUGAGGGAGGAGCCCGUGGUAGGCUUCGAGCUGAUCAUCAUCCAGUCUGCGACUGUGCUUCCCUUCAUCGGAGUGUUGACAGCAAUCGUCUUCCUUAUCAUCUACUCUAUCCCAAAGCCAGCGAGCAGCGACGACGGGACCACGACCUGCUCCGAGAGGAUGUGGUACCGCAUUUGUGGGCCCACCCACAGGUGGUUGAAUGGUGGCGGACUGGUGCCUACUCUCCUGCUGCAGCUGGUGACCCGCACGCCGCUGGACCGGCUUUGGACGAUCUUCUUGAAGAGGGUCCUGCUGCUCUUGCUGGGCUUCGUGGUGGGCUCCAUGCUGGUCUGGGCCGUGCUCUCCUACCUCCUCUCGGAGAUGAUUACUAGGAUCAUCCUGGCCUUCAGCUUUUUCAUCCGCUGGUCCAAGUCGCGCUACGACCCUAAGAAUCCCGCGCAGAAGCGGCGCCUGGCAGUGGUGCUGGGCCUGCCACUGGGCGACCCUGAGGGGAGCGCAGUGAUCAAAGUCCCGAACCUUGGAGCCAUGAUCUCCGCCUUCUGCGAGACCAUGGCGAUAGCCUUUGUCAAUCUCAUCCAAGCCAUGUUCGACGUGAUCCUGAUAAGGUUCGCCUUUGUCAGCAUUGGCGCUGUGGACAUCAGGCUGUCCGCACUGGACAUUGUCAUCAAGGUGCCAAGCUUCGGGGUGGACCUGUCCGGCCUGGCAGCGAUCCUUUACGACAUUGCGACGAUAGCAGAGCGCUUCUAUUUGGCUGUCAUGGCCACCAUGUUCGUGGGCACCCCUCGCUGCGAAGGACCUGUGGUGAUCUUAUCCUCUUGCUUCCUGCUGGUCAUCACCCUGCUGAUGGUGCGCUGGCUCAACUACGACUACUUUGGCGUGCUCACGGCUGCCAAGUACAGUGCCCAGAAGACUCGGCCCACCUUCCAGAAGACCAUGGCUGUGGGCAUCACCACGGGGGUGCAGAGUCUCAUCUUUAUAGGCAUGCAGUGCCUGAUGUUAGUCUGCACCCGGGCCCUGACCUUGGUGGAGAUUGAUCCCUUCAAGGAGAGCAAGGGCUGGACCUGUCCUUACAAGGACGAUUACAUCUCCGUGCUCACGGGACGGAUGUUCCUCUCGGCUAUGGCCUUGGUCACUCUCAUCAUCACCUUCCUGUGCGCAAACGGGCACUUCAUGGGUCAAGAGUACAUCGUCCGAGAUUUCAGCAAAAAGGUGGGCAUGGAUCUGAACAAGUUGGAUCCGGACAAUGAGGCGGAUGGGGGUAGCAGCUUCAUCCGAGUGCAACAAGUCUUCAGCAUGAUCCCCACGACCUUCGGAAUUUGGAUUGAUGGAUGGAACGUGAAGGGGCUUCUGCUACAGGAGCGGGCCGAGACCUACGCCGAGGAGCUCCGCAUCCCGACCAUUUGCGAAGAUUGUGGCAAGCCACACGUGCCAUAUCUGGAGCUGAUGAAGGCUUCAGGCCGGCAGCUCAGCCUGGCAUACCAGAUCUUCCCCUUCGGCGCUGUCAUCGGCAAGGCCUGCGAACGCUUCAACAAUCCGCCGCUGCUCUACUGGGGCUCCACCCUGAAGUGUCUGAAUGCCUCCCCUCACAUCACCAGCGUCCGGGGCAUGCAGGGCCGGAAGAUGUCUGCGGGCCAGGCAGCCAAGUUCCGCACGCAGAUGUUCAUGGCUCAGAUGAAGGACCGCGGCCUGCCUCUCCUUCAGCGGAUCGCGGCGGUGAGCAUGUACUUUACGCUCAUCUGGUUCACUGUCAUGCUGACCGAGGACAAUGUGGCGGAGAUGGGGGUGCAGAUGUUCCAGAUCAUCACCGCCGUGGCCUUCUCGAAGGCAGUUUGUGAGGUUCUCCUGCCAGUGUUGUGUAUCGCGGUGGUGGGCGCGCUGGUUGUGGCCUCCGGAGCUGCCGCGAAGAAGGCGGCGAAGCAGGUGGUGGAGCCCUACCGUAUCUCCCCAGUGGUGGGCCAGGUUCUGCAUGGCGUCAGCAUGGGCUUUGCCUUUGGACUCUUCCUGUACGAGGAUCAGCUGGGGCUUACCCAGGGCCUGUGUGCCUUCAUUGGCUUGUCGGUGGGCAGCCUCUUGGCCGUUUUUCUCGCACUCAUCUCCUUCGCCCUGGAGCUUUGUCCGAAUUGUGACGUCGCCGGUGGCCUUAUCAAGGUCGGCUUCGCAGCCGUGGAGUCGGUUGGCGCCGCAAGGAUCUUCACGAUCCGCCUGGCGGAAACCAACUUCUACUUGGCCAUGGCCAUGCUGGCGAUGGUGCUGGUGCCGGCCACGAACCUGGCCUUUCGGAAGACGCCUCUGGACAGCGAAGGCAAUGAAAGCGAGAGCAGCUUGUGGCCGCUGCUGACCACGGCGCGCAUCAUGUCGGGGCCCUUCGGGGUCAUAGCCGGGGUCUACGGCGCUCUGCUGCCCCAUGAGAUGCUGACCAACUCCUUCGGCCCGGACAUCGGCCUCCUGCUCGCAACCGCCCUCGGCUACAUUAUAGGCCUCGCGUACGGCCUCGCGACGGACAAGAUGCUUGAAAAGCCAGCAGGCAAGUGGAGUGUGGCUGUCGGUACGCUUUCUGCCCUGGCGUGUGGGCUGCUGCUGCACUGGGCCGUGGGUAUGGUGGUGGGCAGCGUUCUGGGAAGCCUCACGGGAGCGCUCAUCGAGCGGCGCGUGAUGAAGGAGCUGGACGCCACCUGCCUGGAACCCCCGCGCUUCACCAAGCAGUCCCAGGUGGCCUCCGCGAGUCCGGGUUUGGGCCCGGUGUCCAACACCGUGGCGGCGAUGCGGCCCAAGUCGGAGAAAGCGGCAGAGAUCCACACGAACCUCCCUACGCUCACAAGGGCGACCACCCCUGGCGAGCUGACCCGUGGCGACUCAGGCUUUGACGAGAACCCCGCGGCGCUGGACUGGAGGCAGACAGAGGAUGAGCACCAUUUGGCCGUCCGCGACGAGGAGUGGAGGGAAGGCACCGGUCCCUACUCCCCCGACGCCGCCGACGCCGCCGACGCCGCCGACGCCGCCGACGCCGCCCACGCCGCCGACUCUGCCGACGCCCCCUAUGCCCCCGACGCCCUUGACACGCCCUAUGUGGACGAUGCGCGGGACGAGUACUACGAUGACGGCCCGCCGACCAACGGCUUCGGCGCGUCACAGGCCAGCUGGAACACGUACAGCGAUGUGGCACAAGGCACCAAUCAAUGGCGGAGACCAGCCCCGGCAAAGGCCCCCAAGCGGACCUCAUUGGCAGCCUCUGCCAAGGGUGCGAAGGUGAAGGACAAGAAGCAGAUUCCGCCUCCGGGCCCGCGCGAUGUCUGGGGCGGCGCAAAGCCAGGCGAGCGACCCUUGGUGCAGGCUGCGCAGUCGGCAGCGGACGCCACCAGCCCCCGCCCGGAGUGA